AUUUGACCGAGUCUAUCAUUAUUUAUCAUCAAGUAUUCGCUUUAAAUUGUGCAGGACUGAUUUAAAUUUAACAUGAUCCGUUUACUUACUAUUGGAAUAUUUGGAAUAUUCUGUGUUGCAUAUUCCUUGUCCAUGACAACACAAAAGCCACAUCAUGGCGGCCAUGGGCAUCAUGGUACAGGACCCACAGUAGAACCAUCGGAGCACGAAAAUUUCAAGUUCAUCUAUGAACCACAUUCGCACAUGAUGAUCGUAGUGAAUGGUCACAAAUGUUACAUGUUCAUGUUGUCUGACUCCGAGAAAGCUGCUAUACACACGGACGCCGGUAUCAGAGCUGUUGAGCUGAAACUUUUGGGCACACUCAGCACGGCUUCCGUUACAGAGGUCACCAAGGACAAAGUUGCUGCCAGGGUUGUACAUGCAUGCGGGGCACACAUCACACACUAUUACUUGCAAACAUAUGCAUAAGUUUUCUAUCAGAAAAACAAUAAUUACAGUAAUACCUUUACCAUACAA